AUGUCCUCAACGACCACAGGCUCCUCUUCCAGUGCCACUAGUACAGAUCGUAAUGGGAAUAACAACAGCUCAAGCCCUACUAGUUCGCCUCUACUAUUUUUCGUCGCCCUCGGGUUUGGUGUUGUUUUCACCAAUCUAUGGAUCAUCGUUGGUGUGAAAUAUUGCUUUCGAUAUAACCAACGCAAUCGCCAACUACGCAGUGAAGAGACAGGCGAGCCUAUAGAUCUGGUCGCCAUGCCACGAACGCACCGAAGACGCCGAGAAAAGAAGCUGAUGACUAUGGACGACGUCAACGAGAGGUUUCCACUGACCAAGUAUAAAGCAUGGAGGUCAUCCCGUGAGAAUGAAGGCCUUUCCACUGCAGGCGGGAUUUCGGCACCAAAUAGCCGGUCGCAAAGCCUCAAGGAUGAGAACUACAUGAUAUCUGCUUCGCUUGGCACACCUUCAUCCAUGCUGGCAUCGCCACUCAAAAGCCAUCAGCGGGUUGAUUCGAACACUUCACAGACGUCUGCACCACUAGAAGACCUGGAGACAACGCUACCACAUUCUGAAGAGAAGAGCCAGAGAUAUCCCGAGCCAAGCCCUGCAAACAUCGGAGUAAACGACAACGCCAACAUAUCAGCCCCGGAGCAGCCCCGUAACCACGCGCUCAACCAUGUCAUCGUAGAGGAUGUUGGAGAUCUUGAGGACCAUAUCCGCACCGCUGUACCUGCCGAUUUCCUGGCAAAUCCAGGUGAUACUUGUGCUAUCUGUCUCGAUACGAUCGAGGAUGAAGAUGAUAUACGGGGGCUUACAUGUGGACAUGCUUUUCAUGCUUCUUGUGUUGACCCAUGGUUGACAAGUCGACGGGCCUGCUGUCCCCUAUGUAAAGCAGAUUACUACAUCCCGAAACCUCGCGCAGAAACUUCUGAAUUGCCUGCUAGUUCAGAACGACAGGGUCGACGUGGCAUGACACGAAUGACACCUAUAAACCCGCCACAGGCUGUUUUUAUAGGUGGAAGAGUGAACUUUCUGCGGUCGUCGUCGGGUUUCCCGGAGCAGCAUGCGCAACGGCGCCCCUUGACCCACAGAGCGGGCUUCUCGCGCUUGCGCCUUUGGCGAGCGCCUCAAUCUAACCACCAGCCCACAUCUCCUGUGCCUGACACUUCGUCUACACAGCCAGGUCGGAGGGACCAAAGGUUAGGGAUCUUCACUGCAUCUUACUUUCCACUGAACUUCGGUUUCCGGGGCAAUCGUGCAUCGAGAGGAGUUGCGAAUAGGAACGCAGACGUCCGUUAUUCAGAUAACAACCGAACGCUUGGUGAACUUGAAGCAGGACCUUCUAUAUGA